AUGACCAAGCUUGCCACUUUCGACGACGACGCCGCCUUGGUUGAAAUCAAGCAUCAAGCCAAGCGCCAGUGGAAUGUGCAGCCAUCGGACUUCGCGAACCUCUGCUCCAACCCCAUCCGGAAGAUCGUGGACAACAUCAAGAAGCCCGCCACUUCGACCAAGACUCUAAUCCCGCUAUCACUAGGUGAUCCGACGGUGUUUGGCAACUUGCACUGCCCCGACGUUCUAGUGCAAGCGAUUGUCCGCAACACUCGUUCAAUGCAGCACAAUGGCUACAUUCACUCUGCGGGCUCCGAGGCAGCCCGUGCAGCUAUUGCGCAGCACUUCGGAAACAUGCGUGCUCCAUUGACAAUGGACGAUAUCAUCAUUGCCAGUGGCUGCUCGGGUGCCAUCGAGAUUGCACUGCGAGGCCUGUUGAACCCUGGUGACAACAUCCUGCUGCCCAAGCCCGGAUUUCCGUUGUACCAAGCACUAUGUGAAGCGCACAAGAUUGAGUGCAGAUUCUACAACCUCAAGCCGGAAAAUAACUGGGAGGUCGAUCUCGAGCACAUGCAGUCUUUGGUUGAUGACAAUACGAAAGCUAUCCUGGUCAACAACCCCUCCAACCCGUGCGGCAGUGUGUACUCAAAGCCUCACUUGGAAGCUAUCCUUGCAUUGGCGGAGUUAAACAAGAUCCCAAUCAUCGCGGACGAGAUUUAUGGUGACAUGGUAUUCGGGAGCAACGUGUUCUUCCCCAUGGCGGCGCUGACGAAGACGGUUCCAGUGGUUGCGGUCGGUGGCUUGGCGAAGCAGUUUCUCAUCCCUGGCUGGAGAGUCGGCUGGGUCAUGGUGCACGACCGCAAUAGUAUUCUAAAAGACGUGCGCACCGCUUACUUCAAGCUCUCACAGAACAUCCUUGGUGCAAAUUCUCUAGUCCAGGUACGAUCUUCUCGUCAACGGUGGGCAGUUUUUUUUUUUUUAAUAAUUCUGUUUCCGUGAUAUUGUCGAUGAUUCGUGUCAUCAGAGUGCAAUUCCAGAUUUGCUGACGCCGGUUCCUGGGAGUGCUGAGGAGCAGUCGUUGGUGAACUUUAAGAAGCGAUACUUCGCGACUCUGGAGGACAAUGCCACGUUUACUAUCGACACCCUGGCGAAGAUCCCGGGGCUCGAGGUGGUGGUCCCGCAAGGAGCUAUGUACGCCAUGGUGAAAGUCCAAACAGAAGUUCUUACGAAGAUCAAGGACGAUUUCGACUUCACACAGAAGCUUUUGGACGAGGAGUCUGUCUUCGUACUGCCCGGCCAGUGCUUUGGAAUGACCAACUACUUCCGCAUCGUGUUUUCGGCGCCGCACGAGGUUCUUGCGGAUGCCUACACUCGCGUGGCCGAGUUCUGCCGCCGUUACCAGUGACCAAGGAUAGCUUUAAGACCUUAUCAAAAUGUUGCUUCAUGAACUCGAUGAAUAUAUAAAUGAGCGUUUGC